AUGCAGCGGUUCAUGCCAUGGUCUUUCCAGGCAGAUAAGGUCAAACAGUAUCUUGAUUUGGUGCAGACACCUGAGAUGACAGUGUUACAAUAUACCAAGAAGUAUGAGGAGUUGUGCAAGUAUGGGAAGAAGUAUGCUCCAGAUGAUGAAAGCAAAGCUGAGAAAUACCGAGACGGUAUACUUUCGAGCAUCUACAAGAUGGUAAUUGCUUCUAGGGUGAGGACUUAUGAUGACACGGUGGAUAUGACACUAAAGUUAGAGCGAGGAGAGCGCAACUCCCGCCAGUAUUGGGAUGUGCAAAAAGGUCGUAAAACUUCAACAAUUAGUGGCAGUGGAGGAGGCAAAGGUUCGGGGCCAAGGGAUGGCAAGAUUGUGUGUUUCAAGUGCGGUCGGGAGGGCUAUAAGAAGAAUCAGUGCACCAUCAUGGGAGUCAAGUGUUAUGGGUGUGGAGGGAGGGGGCGAGGUGGGGCUAAGCAGCAGACAACAUUGACUCAUGGGAGAGCAUUUGCAUUAGGACAUCAUGAGGCACCUGAGCAUCCUAACUUCAUUGGAGACACUCCUUUUGGGCAUUUCACCUUAUUGGAGGGUGUAGUUCUUGAUUGUGUGUGCCGGUUUGGUAGUAUAGCCCUAAAGGCUUAUUUGUGUGUCUUAGACUUCAAGGAUUUUGACGUAAUCUUUGGAGUAGAUUGGAUCACGAGUUUGAUUACAUUGGCACCUAGGGGUGAUGUAGCUACUCCGACACGUGUGGUAGAAGAGUACAUGAAUGUAUUUUCGGAUGAGUUACCUGGAUUACCACCGAAGAGGGAGAUUGACUUUACCAUUGAUUGA